AUGGCGCGAGCAGUAACGAGCGCGUACGUGGGGAGGGCGGUGAAGCGGAACGUGACGUCGCUGGCGCGGAUAGAAGCCGGCGUGGAUGCUGUGUGUCGUGGGGUGCGCGAGAUAGAGGCCCGGCUGAGCGGCGACCGCCUUUUCUUUUUCUGCCCUCAUGCCACGAGGACACGCAAGCUUCCCCACGUUGCCCACUCUAAGAAGCAGCUCUGUGUUCCUCCCUUCCCCUCCCCAUUCACCUUUUCCAUCGCACACGCCCUCCAUUCCAUCCUUCCUGGUCCACCAGGGCGCACGAGCACUAAUGAGAA